GGAGACAGAGGAGAGAGAGAGAGAGAGAAAGGAGAUAGAGACGAAUACAGCAAACUGCAUCAAACGUAUUAAAUGAAACCCAAAUGAUCCCAAAUGGAGAGGCGGUCCAACAGGCGGCGCCAGCUGAACUAUGCUAACAUCAGUUAGCAAACUUAGCUCUGCCUCUGUGUUCAAUUCUAGUACCGAGAUAUUCCCCCCCCCAUCACCCGCAGUCUGUGUUGUUUGUUCGACACCACGUGAGCUUUGAGUCGCCGUAAAAUGUAACAGCUUACAUCCUGAGCUGCGUUACGGUUAUUUCUGGUCAAUGUGAUGAGUAUGUUGUUUACCUGCAGCAGCUGUGGCUGUCUGAGAGAUGUUUUCUUCCAGGACAUUUGCAGUUCUUCUUCUGUGGUGCCGGGACUCCGCGGCUCCGCCCGCCACAGCGCUCCCUGCAAGCGAAACGUGGGAAUGAACAGGAAGUGGGAAGCUAUACGUCUGUGGACAGCAGUGCGGUCCGGUGAGACGUUUUGAUUCAUUCAAAUAAGUACAAUUUAUGGCAAGUAUCUAACAGCGUUAAAUCAUGAUCUGAAUAACGGAGCACCUGCAUUUAAAUGGCCAGUGGCAGAGGAGGAAGAGGAGGGAAAGGGAAUCGUGGUGGAGAGGACAGAGAUGUCCGCCUGUCGAAAUCCUUGUCAUAUGCCCUUCGCCAUGGAGCCAACCAGAUGGGUCUUCAAAUGGGAACAGAUGGCUUCAUGUUUGUGGAAGAACUCUUGGCUCACCCGCAGUUCCGCUCAUACACAUUGAAAGACGUCGAAAGAGUCGUGGCCACAAAUGACAAGCAGCGCUUCAAGCUCUGCCCUCAUCCGGAGGACGGCCGCCUGCAGAUUCGAGCCAGUCAGGGUCAUUCAUUGCAGGUAAUGGAUUUGGAGCUGAAACCGGUCCUGACUGGUUCUGCAGACUGCCCUGCUGAGGCCGUUCAUGGCUCCUACCUCCGCAACUGGAGCUCCAUCCAGCAGCAGGGCCUGAGCCGCAUGAGGAGGACACACAUCCACCUGGCACCGGGCCUUCCUGGGGAGGAGGGCGUGAUCAGCGGCAUGAGGAAAGACUGUGAUCUAGCUGUGUAUAUUGAUGUCUUCAAAGCUCUGGCUGACGGCAUCGAGUUCUUCUGGUCAGAUAAUGGUGUGUUGCUGACUGAAGGUGACGCAGAGGGAAAACUUCUCCCUAAAUAUUUUAGCCGAGCCUUAACACUGAGACCUACAAGGAGCAUCCUGCCACUGCAGUAGCAUCAGAGGACACGGUUGUGUCAUUGGUCAGAGCAGGACUCAUCUGACUGGUCUAGCAUUCCAUGGUUGGUUGAAGUUUAUCCUAGUUCCCUUGGUAACACAAUCGGAGAAUCCAUUCAGAAAUCAUCUGUAAUGGGACUAAACUGGUAAACGUUUUAUUUUUGUGUCAUUUUUAAAAGCAUCAGGACAGCUUUAGGAAGACAUACUUUAUUUUAUAUGACAAGUCAAUCAACUUAUGCUGGCAAUUUAUGUAUAAGUAUAGAGGCUGUGUUUUCUCCUUUGCAUUGUAAGUGCUAAAUACACUUUGGCAGACAUUGACUACUAAGAUAAUUUCACCAUGUUGUAAAAUAUAUAACUAUGGUUACAGACUGCUAGCAACAACCAGCUGGUCCUUUAUAUGUCUUUUGAAGACAUAAUGUAUGUGUGGAUAAUUAUAGAAAAGCUGAGGAUACAGACACUGUGGUUUCAGUUAACGGUUUGCUGUAACCGUUUCUGUAAGAUAUGGACACACACACACACACACACACACACAUACACACACAGCAUGUGAGGGGAGAUUAAUGGUUCGAAGCUUCCUGUGUAAGAAAUAACCACACGUCACGACUAUAAAGAGUGAGGACAACAGAGAAUGAAAAGUUAAUUGCUGUAUUUAUGUUAAUAAAUGUGUGUUCUCUAUAAGUUUA